AUGGUUCCUGAUGAUGUUACUGAAGUAACAGUAACAAACCCCUCUAGGACUACUGUAGAUUUGGAGUGGACUGAAGUCAACACUGCCUAUACUUACAUACUGAAAUACAAUGGAGAAGUCAUCCCCAUCACUGACCUACCUGCAGGGAACUCAGUGACAUACACAGUUCACUCUCUCUCUGCUGGGACUAAAUACUCUUUCACUCUCAUCACUGUGUUUGGGGAGCUGGAAAGCACCAGGCGUCUGUUUACAGCAGUUACAGUUCCUGAUGAUGUUACUAAAGUAACAGUAACAAACCCCUCUAGGACUACUGUAGAUUUGGAGUGGACCAAAGUCAACAACAGCAAUGCCUAUACUUACAUACUGAAAUACAAUGGAGAAGUCAUCCCCAUCACUGACCUACCUGCAGGGAACUCAGUGACAUACACAGUUCACUCUCUCUCUGCUGGAACUAAAUACGAGUUCACUCUCAUCACUGUGUUUGAGAAUGUGAACAGUACUGGGCAUGAGUUUACAGCAGUUACAGUUCCUGAUGAUGUUACUGAAGUAACAGUAACAAACCCCUCUAGGACUACUGUAGAUUUGGAGUGGACUGAAGUCAACACUGCCUAUACUUACAUACUGAAAUACAAUGGAGAAGUCAUCCCCAUCACUGAACUACCUGCAGAAGGGAACACAGCGAAAUACAGAGUUCACUCUCUCACUGCUGGAACUAAAUACGAGUUCACUCUCAUCACUGUGUUUGAGAAUGUGAACAGUACUGGGCAUGAGUUUACAGCAGUUACAGUUCCUGAUGAUGUUACUGAAGUAACAGUAACAAACCCCUCUAAGACUACUGUAGAUUUGGAGUGGACUAAAGUCAACAAUGCCUAUACUUACAUACUGAAAUACAAUGGAGAAGUCAUCCCCAUCACUGAACUACCUGCAGAAGGGAACACAGUGACACACACAGUCUCAUCUCUCACUGCUGGAAAUAAAUACGAUUUCACUCUCUUCACUGUAUUUGAGGGAGUGAGCAGCACAGGACUUGACUUUUCAGAGGUUACAGUUCCUGAUGAUGUUACUGAAGUAACAGUAACAAACCCCUCUAAGACUACUGUAGAUUUGGAGUGGACUAAAGUCAACAAUGCCUAUACUUACAUACUGAAAUACAAUGGAGAAGUCAUCCCCAUCACUGAACUACCUGCAGAAGGGAACUCAGUGACAUACACAGUUCACUCUCUCACUGCUGGAACUAAAUACGAGUUCACUCUCUUCACUGUGUUUGGGGAGCUGGAAAGCACCGGGCAUGAGUUUACAGCAGUUACAGUUCCUGAUGAUGUUACUGAAGUAACAGUAACAAACCCCUCUAAGACUACUGUAGAUUUGGAGUGGACUAAAGUCAACAACAGCAAUGCCUAUACUUACAUACUGAAAUACAAUGGAGAAGUCAUCCCCAUCACUGAACUACCUGCAGAAGGGAACACAGCGAAAUACAGAGUCUCAGAUCUCUCUGCUGGGACUAACUACUCUUUCACUCUCUUCACUGUGUUUGAGAAUGUGAACAGUAGUGGAUUUACAUUUUCAGCAGUUACAGUUCCUGAUGAUGUUACUAAAGUAACAGUAACAAACCCCUCUAGGACUACUGUAGAUUUGGAGUGGACCAAAGUCAACAACAGCAAUGCCUAUACUUACAUACUGAAAUACAAUGGAGAAGUCAUCCCCAUCACUGACCUACCUGCAGGGAACUCAGCGAAAUACAGAGUCUCAGAUCUCUCUGCUGGGACUAAAUAUGAGUUCACUCUCGUCACUGUAUUAGAGAAUGUGAACAGUGCUGGAUAUACAUUUACAGCAGUUACAGUUCCUGAUGAUGUUUCCCAUGUAAAUGUGACAAGCCGCUCUGAGACUAAUCUAGCGUUACAGUGGAUGAAAGUCAACAACAACAAUGACUACACUUACAUACUGAGAUACGAUGGAGAAGAGAAGACCAUCACACCAGCUGCAGGGACCACAGUGACAUACACAGUCUCAUCUCUCUCUGCUGGGGCUAAAUAUGAGUUCACUCUCUUCACUGUGUUUGAGGGAGUGAAUAGCACAGGAUAUAACUUUUCCGAGGUUACAGUCCCUUCAGCUGCUGAGGUGACAGUGACAGAUCGUGGAGAGACUGCCUUGACACUGGAGUGGAGCGCAGCAAACAGGAGCCCUGGCACUUAUUACAUACUGAUGGACGACUCUGGACAGAACGAAACAUUUAACGAUGAAUCCGGAACCGAAUCAACUGUGCUGCCUCAACAUGAGGCAGAAGCUGCUGGUCUGUUCUCCAUGGCGACAGCAGAAAAGGGGAGUGAUGGUGACAAUGCCCCUGGCAUCGUGGAGGGAAACAGUGUGUCCUACACUAAGCUGAACCCUGGGGAUAUCUACAUUCCUGCUAUGGUGACCAAUUUCAUCUCUAUCCAUGGAGACUUCUCUGUGACCAUGAAGUGGGAUAAGCCAGUUGGUGUGUGGACUAAGAUCGAGGUGAACGGUAGUGGGAAUAUUGACGAUAAAGACUCAGGAUCAACACUGGUUGUGUCUGGACUUCAGCCGGCUAAAUCCUACAGUUUUAGUGUUACGUCACUCUCUGAAGAAAUGAGGAGUUCACCUCAAUGGAUCAGCUGUCAAACUCAGUCGACGGUGAUCUGGUUACCAAUACUGGUCAUCAUGCUGCUGGCCGUCAUGGCUUUAAUGGGAGUAUUUAUAUUACGGAGAAAGCCCCAGUUACUCAGCAAAGUACACAUGCAGAUGUAUGAAAGGAAUACAGAGAUGGAUCCUUCCCCAAACAUGUUCAAGCCGAUUCCAAUGAAGAAAUUCCCUGACCAUUUCCAUCAGAUGAGUUGUGAUGACAAUAGAGAGUUCUCUGAAGAGUACAUGCAAUUCAACACAGUAGGAACAGAACAGACACAGCGUGAAGCCCUCCUGCCGGAAAACAAGAGCAAGAAUCGAUUCACUGACAUACUACCAUAUGACUCAUCGCGCGUCAAGCUCAGCACACAAGGACCCGCAUCAGACUAUAUCAAUGCCAACUUCAUACCAGGCUAUGGAGGCAAGAACAAGGAUUAUAUAGCGGCUCAAGGUCCACUCCCCUCCACCGUCGCCGACUUCUGGAGAAUGAUCUGGGAGCAAGGGUCAACGCGGAUUGUCAUGGUUACCAACUGCGUAGAGAACGGCAGGACCAAGUGUGAGAAGUACUGGCCCGAAGACCGUAGUCCGUGUCGCCAUGGUGACCUGGUGAUAAACAUGACGUUGGAACACAAGGACACGAACUGGACAGUGCGGGAAUUCACUGUAAAAAAUGAGAGGACAUCAGAGCAGAGGGUACUGAAGCAUUUCCACUUCACGGCGUGGCCAGAUCACGGCGUUCCCGAUGGCACUUCUACGCUCAUCGAGUUCCGCAGCCUCAUCCGGCAGCACAUAGACACCUGUACUUCUCCCGACGGCCCCACCGUUGUGCACUGCAGUGCUGGUGUUGGCAGAACAGGAACUCUGAUCGCUCUGGACGUGUUGCUACAGCAACUGGAGAAGGAGGAUGCUGUAAACAUUGGCAGCUUUGUGCAUCGCAUGAGACGCCAGAGACCUCGCAUGGUUCAGACGGAGUCCCAAUAUGUAUUUCUGCACAAAUGCAUCAAUGACACUCUGACACAGCCUGCCGAGGAGCCACUGUAUAUGAACCAAGGCAUCAACGGAGGAGGAGCGAUAUACGAAAAUAUCGGAGCCAUGUAGCAGUUCCUGGAAGACAUGCUCAGACAGGGGUGGGGAACCUUUUUCAUUUGAGGGGACACUUCAAAUUCCUCCAAGGGCUGUGCGACUCCUCCAAGGGCCAUAGUAUGAACACAAACCAGGUUUCCCCCUGUAAAACAGACCCCACCUUCUCUAGGUCCCCUGAAUAUAACUGUAUUGCAAAUGUGAUUUCUAAGAUUCCUUCACAAAAUGCCAUAUUUCAUGUGAAGCUGCAAAACAUUAAAAUUACAUCGGGGGCCAGAUAAAACGGCCUCCUGGGCCCUUGAGACAUACCGUAGGUUACCCACCCCUGUGCUAAGACAUGCUAUUUUGUACAGUUUAAAUUAUAAUGAGUUCAAGGCAGUCAACAUGUACAGUACUGUAUGUCAUGUGCCUUGUGUUUUGCCACUUGCUCUCAUUAAUCCAGCCUGAUACUGCAUAUAUGUUGUUUGACCUUUGGCGCCUAGAGCGACAUUCAGUAUAACACUGCAUUCAGACUAUUGAGAUGUGAGUUAUUUGUUUGUUUUUUUAAUUAAUUAAAAAUGUGGGUGUUAGAGCUGAAUGAAGAUAUUCUAAUUCAUGAUGAGGGCCCUAGCUUUUACAUGCGACUUAUUUCAUGUUUUUUAUGUGCUUUGAAGGCUGAGAUAUUUAGGUU